AUAGCUCAAUGUUGAUUCAGCAUUGUUGAGAAGAUAUUAAGUAAAUUGACAAAAUUAACUAAAUUGCGGUCUUGUGUUAAAACGUGAAUAGCACAUUAUAUAAAUAUACACGCUUCUGGUCUGUACAUAACUAGUAGAUUAACUUAUUUGUCUUUUAUAUAUGGGGUGUUCGAAGAGUAUGUAAUUAACAUACACCAAAUUUGUGCACAUUGUAAAAUGUAUGUAUGCAAAAGUAUACAUAGUUUACAAUGGCCCUUUAUCGACCCAGAGGCACCUUGGCACGUGUUAUCUACGCCAAAUUUCAUAAUGACAACUUUUUGGAGAACUUAGAUACCCAACAGUGGUACUCUUUAAACUGCGAAUUACCUCAAAGAUUCCAGUCGAAAUUUGUUGCCCUUAAGCAGCCCGACACAACCACAAUACGAUGGCUGGAACGUGCAAAAAUGCUGUCUUCAAACAUUUGGCUGCAUUUGUGGCAUGCAUUGGCCAGGUCUGUUUUGCAGAUAUUUAUGACGCAGACCGAUAUCAACGGACUUUUAAAACGUGGUUCCAUGUUCAUUUUGUCAGAGGAACAAUUCUGUAAACUUCUGGAGGCGGGUGGCUUUUUACCCAAAUCUUUCACAGAAACGAUAACGCUUCUAGAUAUCGGUGCUGGCGACGGCGAAGUCUCGCUGCGCGUUGCAAACAGCGUGACCGAGCUUAGCAAGAAUGCCGUGUUGCAAUUGUUUGCCACUGAAGCUAGUUGGACCAUGCGAGAGAGACUUAAGAAACUUAACUUUAACAUAGUUACCGAAAUAAGUGACCUACAUAGUGUAGAUUUAAUUUCUUGCCUUAAUGUGCUAGAUCGAUGCUACGAUCCUUUUCAACUAUUAGCAGAUAUACAUAACGCGCUGGCUCCUACGGGUCGAGCUGUGAUUGCGCUGGUGCUUCCAUACAUGCACUAUGUAGAGACAAAUACAUCGCAUUUACCAUUGAGGCCACUGAUGGAUAAUUCCAAAAGGAAUGGCCGUGAGUUAUCGUUUGAAGAAGAAGCAACAAUGUUCUUGGAAUUACUAGAAAAUUGUGGGUUUCGCGUCGAGUCCUGGACAAAGGCCCCGUAUUUAUGCGAAGGUGAUCUGCGACAAUCAUUCUAUUGGCUGAUUGAUCUUAUUGUUGUAGUUUCAAAAAAAUCUACCUAUUAAAAUAUUUGAUUUUUAUACAUUACAAUAAAUUUUUCAUAAAUACUUCUAAGUCU